GAUUCCACAAUCUCCUUCAUUUCAUUUAGCUUAGCUUCUUUUUUUCCCCUUCCCUUCAUUUUCACUAUACUUUCCCAGAAAAAAAGAACCAGAGAGAAAAUCAUCAAGCAUGGCUCGAGGGAAGAUCCAGAUCAAGCUGAUAGAGAACUCGACCAACAGGCAAGUCACGUAUUCGAAGCGAAGAAACGGUCUUUUCAAGAAAGCUAAUGAACUCACUGUUCUUUGCGAUGCGAGAGUUUCUAUCAUCAUGUUCUCCACCAGUGGAAAGCUCCAUGAGUUUAUCAGCCCUUCCACCACAACGAAGCAAAUAAUCGAUCAGUACCAGAAAGCCUUGGGGAUCGAUGUAUGGAGCACCCACUACGAGAAAAUGCAAGAGCAGUUGAAGCAGCUGAAAGAGGUUAACAGGAACCUACGCAUCGAGAUAAGGAAGAGGAUGGGUGACUGUUUGAAUGACUUGAGCAUCGAAGAUCUUCAAAGUUUGGAACAAGAGAUGGAUAGCUCUGUCAAUCUUAUUCGUGAUAGAAAGUAUCGUAUUCUCACCAAUCAGAUCGAUACUUCGAGGAAAAAGGUGAGGAAUGUGGAAGAGAUACACAAGAAUCUGUUACAUGAACUAGAUGCUCUGAAAGAAGACCCGUAUGGAUUAGUUGAUAAUGGAGGGGAUUACAAUACCUUAAUCGGGUAUCAAAAUGGAGGCCCUCGUAUAUCUGCUCUACGCCUGCUGCCAAACCAUCCUAGUCUUCACAGUGGUAGAGGAUCCGAUCUCACCACCUAUCCCUUGCUCGAUUAGAAUAUCUAUGCCUCCAUCUAUAAACUAAGUUCAUGCCAUAUAAUAUUGCUAAGAAAACAGAAUUGGUGUGUGCCAUUAUACUUCAACUAAAAUUCUCGCCAGCUUUGUCAUGCAACUUUGGUGUUUCCUAUCUGUUUCUUACUUGAUAUGGGAGAUUAUAUAUUUUAUGAUUA